CUGGAAAAACAGUUUUCACUUCCGGGCCGGAAUCGAUUCCUCUGUUGCUGUCGUCUAUCCACUCUCUACCCCCCCCCUCCCCCGGUUCGUGGAUAAUAUUUGCACAAAGUUUGCUGUUAUCCACGACGACAUUGCAGCAUUUGAGCUCCGACCAGCCGAAAUGGUGUUCAGAGUGACUGUCGACAGUGCGUGGAGGGCGACCAGGACGCUGUGGCUGCUCGUGCUGGUGAGCCUGUCUGUGUGCGUCUGUGUUUGCCGAGCAUCAUCAACUCAGGAGGACAGUGCCAUGGAGAACAUCGUUACAGAGAAAAAGGCUGAGGAGAGCCACAGGCAGGACAGCGCGGACCUGCUCAUCUUCAUCAUGCUCCUCACCCUCACCAUCCUCACCAUCUGGUUGUUCAAACACCGGCGGUUCAGGUUUCUGCACGAAACUGGGCUGGCGAUGAUUUAUGGCGUACUUGUUGGCGUGGUCUUGCGCUAUGGCAUCCAUGUUCCCCGGGACAUUAGCAACAUCACGCUGAGCUGCCCCGUUAAUGCCAGCCCCGCCACACUGCUGAUCAACGUCAGUGGUAAAUUCUACGAGUACACUCUGAAAGGAGAGAUCAAUGCCAACGCGGUGGACGACGUUCAAGAUAAUGAGAUGCUGCGAAAGGUGACCUUUGACCCUGAAGUGUUCUUCAAUAUUCUCCUCCCACCUAUCAUCUUCCACGCUGGCUACAGCUUAAAAAGGAGGCACUUUUUCCGUAACAUGGGAUCCAUCCUGGCUUAUGCCUUUCUGGGGACAGUUAUUUCCUGUUUUGUUAUUGGGUUGCUGAUGUAUGGCUGUGUGAUGCUAAUGAAGCAGGUGGGACAGCUGGAUGGCGACUUCUUCUUCACUGAUUGUCUGUUCUUUGGAGCAAUCGUCUCUGCCACGGACCCCGUGACGGUCCUGGCUAUCUUCAACGAGCUACAGGUAGACGUGGAUCUGUACGCGUUGCUGUUUGGAGAGAGUGUGCUCAACGACGCAGUGGCCGUGGUUCUGUCCUCGUCUAUAGUUGCAUACCAGCCACAAGGAGACAACAGCCACACCUUUGAGGUCAUGGCGAUGCUGAAGUCUUUUGGGAUGUUCCUCGGAGUUUUCAGCGGCUCUUUUGCUCUGGGAGUGGCCACCGGAGUCUUCACCGCACUCGUGACUAAGUUCACUAAGCUGAGAGAUUUCCCGCUGUUGGAGACGGCUCUGUUCUUUCUCAUGUCAUGGAGUACAUUCCUACUGGCUGAGGCCUGUGGAUUCACAGGUGUGGUCGCAGUGCUGUUCUGUGGAAUCACUCAGGCCCACUACACCUUCAACAACCUGUCUCCAGACUCCAAGGACAGGACCAAACAGAUAACAGCCCACUGCUGGACUCAGUUCUGA